AGGGUGGAUGGAGACGGAGAAGGCACCAGUGCGAUUGGACCCGAUGGAGAGCCUAUGGAUGAGAGCAGCCAAAUGAGUGAGCUGCCUGUCAAAGUGAUCCAGACGGAGACAGGGAAAGUCCUUCAGGGAACGGAUGCUCCUAAAUCCAGCCAGCUGGAGGCCUGGCUUGAAAUGAACCCAGGGUAUGAAGUCGCCCCUCGGUCAGACAGCGAAGAGAGUGGCUCAGAGUACGAAGAGGAGGAGGAAGAGGAUGUUCCCAAGGCAGAGGCAGAGGAGAAGACGUUAAUCACUCCAAACAGAGGGGAUGAGACUGUGGUGGCUGCCGAGCACGUCAUUGAUUCUGUCAAGCAGGAUGUGGACGAUGAGUACAUCGUUCCUACAGGACAAACCGAAUCCCACUCUUACUACGGCGCGGCCCACGCUGUCAUCGAGCGAGUGGAGAAGCAGUCAUCGCUGCUGAUCAACGGCACGCUUAAACAUUACCAGGUCCAAGGGCUGGAGUGGAUGGUGUCCUUAUACAACAACAAUCUAAAUGGAAUCCUGGCAGAUGAAAUGGGGCUCGGCAAAACAAUCCAAACCAUCGCCCUAAUCACCUACUUGAUGGAGUACAAGAGGAUCAACGGCCCCUUCCUCAUCAUCGUUCCUCUCUCGACUUUGUCUAACUGGGUCUAUGAACUCGACAAGUGGGGACCGACUGUGGUGAAAAUCGCUUACAAGGGCACCCCUGUUUUGCGCCGUGGGCUUGUGCCUCAACUCCGCAGCGGGAAGUUCAAUGUCUUGCUGACCACCUAUGAAUACAUCAUCAAAGACAAGCACAUACUGGCCAAGAUUCGUUGGAAGUACAUGAUUGUGGAUGAAGGCCACCGCAUGAAGAACCACCACUGUAAGCUGACCCAGGUACUAAACACCCACUACGUCGCCCCUCGCCGUCUCCUCCUCACCGGUACUCCGCUGCAGAACAAGCUGCCCGAGCUGUGGGCUCUGCUCAACUUCUUGCUGCCCACCAUCUUCAAGAGCUGCAGCACCUUCGAACAGUGGUUCAACGCCCCGUUCGCCAUGACAGGAGAGAGGGUUGACCUAAAUGAGGAGGAGACCAUCCUUAUUAUCCGGCGUUUGCACAAGGUGCUCCGCCCCUUCCUGCUGCGCAGACUGAAGAAAGAGGUGGAGUCUCAGCUGCCAGAGAAGGUGGAGUAUGUCAUUAAGUGUGACAUGUCUGCCAUACAGAAAGUUCUGUACCGCCACAUGCAGAAGGGAAUCCUUCUCACUGACGGCUCAGAGAAAGACAAGAAGGGGAAAGGAGGGGCAAAGACCCUGAUGAACACCAUUAUGCAGCUGAAGAAGAUCUGCAACCAUCCAUAUAUGUUCCAACACAUUGAAGAAUCUUUUGCUGAGCACUUGGGCUAUCCGAAUGGCGUCAUCAAUGGACAUGAGCUGUAUCGAGCUUCUGGAAAGUUUGAGCUCCUGGACCGCAUCCUGCCAAAACUUCAUGCUACAAAUCACAGAGUUCUACUUUUCUGCCAAAUGACCACUCUUAUGACAAUCAUGGAGGACUACUUCAGCUACCGCAACUUCCAGUACUUGCGUCUUGAUGGAACAACAAAGGCUGACGACCGAGCAGCUUUGCUGAAGAAAUUUAACGAGGAAGGGUCUCAGUACUUCAUCUUCCUGCUCAGUACCAGAGCCGGUGGACUCGGUCUCAACCUGCAGGCUGCCGACACUGUUGUCAUUUUUGACAGUGACUGGAACCCACACCAGGACCUUCAGGCUCAGGACCGGGCUCACCGCAUCGGUCAGCAGAACGAGGUGCGUGUCCUGCGUCUCUGCACCGUUAACAGCGUGGAGGAGAAAAUCUUGGCAGCCGCCAAAUACAAACUAAACGUGGAUCAGAAGGUCAUCCAGGCAGGCAUGUUUGACCAGAAGUCCUCCAGCCACGAGCGACGUGCCUUCCUGCAGGCCAUUUUAGAGCACGAGGAGCAGAAUGAGGAAGAAGAUGAAGUCCCCGAUGAUGAGACCCUUAACCAGAUGAUAGCCCGCAACGAAGAUGAGUUUGAGCUCUUCAUGCGUAUGGAUAUGGACCGCCGCCGGGAGCAUGCGAGGAACCCAAAGCGAAAGCCUCGUCUCAUGGAGGAGGACGAGUUGCCCUCUUGGAUCAUUAAAGAUGAUGCCGAGGUUGAGCGGCUCACAUACGAAGAGGAGGAGGAGAAGAUGUUUGGGCGAGGAUCACGUUGCCGCCGGGAUGUGGACUACAGUGACGCACUGACUGAAAAACAGUGGCUACGGGCCGUUGAGGAUGGAAACCUGGAGGAGAUGGAGGAGGAGAUCCGUCUGAAAAAGCGCAGACGCAAGAGGCGUCAGGACAAGGACUCAUCGAGCAGAGAGGAUGGGAGCUCCAAGGCCAAGAAGAAACGAGGACGUCCACCAGCUGAGAAACUCUCUCCCAACCCCCCCAAACUCACCAAGCAAAUGAACACCAUCAUCGAUACAGUCAUCAACUACAGAGAUGGGUAA